AUGUCGCCCGCGCCGCUCGAAACUGCGCUCGCGCUUUCGGUGGCGCUCAUACGCGCGCGCGCGACGGCGACGAUGGAGCUCGCGACGUCCACGGUGGACACCGGGAUCGGUGAUCGAAGCGUUAAGGUCGAUGGUGCUCGCGGAGUCGAGCUCGAGACCCGGACGCAGAGCGUGGGCGUGAUAAUCCCGCCGCCGGACGUGCGAGUGAUCGUGGACAAGACGGCGCAAUUCGUCGGGAAGAACGGACCGGAGUUCGAGCAAAGAAUCUUAGCGUCGGAGAAGAACAACGUCAAGUUCAAUUUUUUAACCGCGGGGGAUCCGUAUCACGCGUAUUAUAGACAGCAAGUGGCCGAAGCCAAGGCGCAGGCGAGCGGCGCGGCGGUGCCGGCAAAGGAGACAGAGCCUGCAAAGGAACAGCAAGUCGUGGUGAAACCGAGCACGGGCGACGCCAAGCCGGUGAUACUGGAGCCACCCAAAGCGGAUGAGUUCACCAUUCCGAUCCCGGCGGGAAUUUCCGCGGUGGACUUGGAUGUGAUCAAAAUCACCGCGCAAUUUGCGGCGCGAAACGGGAAAAAGUUUGUCACGGCGUUGGCCACAAAAGAGGCAGCAAAUCCGCAAUUCAACUUCUUGAGGCCCAAUCACUCGAUGUUCACCUUCUUCACGGCUCUCGCGGACGCGUACGAGAAGAUUUUGAGCCCAACCAGUGAACUUUUAGAGCGUUUGGAGAAGGGCUGUGACAAGAGGGUCCUGCUGGAGCGCGUGUUGAAGAGACUUGACUGGGAGACGGCGCAAAAGAAAGCAAAGCAGGACAAGGAAGACGCCGAAGAGGAGGAGCGGAUCCAGAUGGCACUCAUCGAUUGGCAUAGUUUCGUCGUUGUGGAGACGUUGGACUUCGAAGACGCGGAAGAUCGUGACCUGCCACCUCCAAUGAAACUGAAUGAGGUCAUUGAGGCGAUGAGAAAACGAGAGCUUGAGGCGCCAAUCGAAGAGGAAGUUGUAAAUGAAGAAGCUCCAAGGGUGAUGGUGACUAUGGAUGAAGAAGAGCGAGACAUGGUCCGCCAAGCUGCGGAGCCGCAUUCGAAUCCAGAACCACCCAUCGUCGAGAAUGUGGGCUCAAUGAAAAUUGUGCGGAACUACAAAAAGCCAGAGGAGCGCAAAGCGGCAGCACAAGCUAUCGACUCAACGAAAUUCGUUGUUUCACCGAUCACAGGAGAGAUGGUGCCACUCGACGACAUGGCGGAGCAUAUGCGUAUUUCUUUGCUUGAUCCUAAAUGGAAGGUUCAAAGAGAGGCAAUGUUGGCAAAGCUUCAGGGAAGCACACAGGCGUCUCAUGAAGAUGUUGCAGCAAACGUCCUUAACUUGGCGCAAAACCGACCCGACAUCUUCGGUUCCUCCGAUUCCGAAGUAUCAAACGCCAUCAAUGCAGAGUUGAUGAAAAGACGACCAGUUGUUGCGCCCGCAAGCGCGCCGAAGUCGUCCAUCACGCCUCCGCUGAUGGCUGCUGCGCCUGUUCCGACCCGAGCACCCCCGCCACCGCCGAAGGUUGUGCCACCA